AACAUUGCUUUCCAGUGGUGUUGUCUGGAGGGAGGACUGGAACACCUUAGCACACCUGUGCCAACAACAUAAUCGCCAUUUCAAGAUGGAUAUUGAGGCGGACAAGCCGGUCACAACAGCUGCAGGGUUGCUUAGCAACAAGGUCUUGAAGUAUCUCAUUAUCGCAACCUUCAUCGCUGUCUUAGGUAUCGUCGGGGCUCUCGUCGGAGUUCAGCUGUCCGGAGUUUUCGCCAACUCUACAUCUUCACUUCAGAAGAACAAGCCUGAAAUGGUGGAAGAUGUGGAUGAAAUAGCUGAAAAAAUGGUUGACAGCAUUCAAGAUUCAGAUGAUGAUGUUGAGGAGAUUGUGGAGAAGGUCAAUGAUUUAGUUGACGAUCUAGUGGAUCGUGACGAUCAAAUCGAAGAUGUAAUCGAUGACACGGCUGAAGCUGUAGAUGAUGUUGGAGAUAGAGUGGACCAUCUUGGAGAUGUCAUUGAUGAUGCUGGAGACGCAGUGGGGGAUGUUGGAGACUUACUUGGUGAUGUCGGAGAUGCGAUAGAGGAUGGCGUGGGUGAUAUUAAGGACACUGUUGAUGAUGUUGGAGAUGCACUGGGUGAUGCUGCAGAAACAUUGGGCGAUGGAGAUGCAUUGAGUGAUGUUGGAGAUGCGAUAGAGGAUGGCGUGGGUGAUAUUAAGGACAUUGUUGAUGAUGUUGGAGAUGCACUGAGUGAUGCUGCAGAAACAUUGGGCGAUGGAGAUGCAUUGGAGUGAUGUUGGAGAUGCGAUAGAGGAUGGCGUGGGUGAUAUUAAGGACAUUGUUGAUGAUGUUGGAGAUGCACUGGGUGAUGCUGCAGAAACACAGAGCGAUGGAGAUGCAUUGGGUGAUGUUAGAGAUGUAUUGGGUGAUGUUGCAGAAACACUAGGCGAUGAUGCAUUGGGUGAUAUUGGUGACGCGUUAGAUGAUAAGGAGGAUGUGUUGGAUGAUGCUAGAGAAGCGAUCAGCGAUGGCCUUGAUGACCUCGGAGAUCGCUUGGACUCUGUAAAAGAUGUCAUCAGCGAUAUUAGUGAUGAUGUGGGUGAUACUGGAGAUAGACUCAGCGAUGCCGUGGAGGACCUUUCCGAUAUUAUAAGCGAGGAAGCGGACGCAGUGAGCGAUGCCGCUGACGAUGUUCCGGUAUUUGGGCGGCUGGACGACGACCCAGCUGACGUGCUUGACGACGUGGAUGAUGAUUGAAGAAAAUAAGCCCCUGCCCUGCUCCUAACUUGAACUCUUCGGCAUCAUAAUCCAUUGCCCACUACAGCUGCAAUGUCAACAGACGACAUUCUGUCAUCUUGAUCUCAUGACAGAUGACUUAGACCUUGACAAGAGAAGGCUGAAGUGACAGGUGACCGUUCUACAGCUCCAGACUGCUAGUGGGAUUCGUUGCCAGCCAAAGCAAAAACCAAACUGGGACUGCUUGUGCCAAACGUUAAAUGAACUUUAAGUUUUUUUUCCUUUCUUUAAAAAAAAAAAGAUUUUAGUUAUAGAGCAUUUCCAUGCGUUGAUUAAUGUUUGUGAUACACGUGUCACCUAAAAAUACUUCCACGAUUCUACAAACCAUAAGUAUAUAGUAUCUAGUGGUAAUAUGACCUGCGAAUAAUUGAUUGUCCUUGUUUCAAUGACUUGUGUAUUUAUAAAUUCAAUUUUCAUGUUAUUGUUUGUAUGGUAUGAAUGUAUUAUUAAAGCUUAAUAAAUUA